ACCACGCUCAGUCUCUGUGUCGGCCUUUACAGAGUCUAAGCUGCUAAAGAAUCUUUAACCUUAAGGGGGCCUCAGGGAGAGAGGAGUGGUGCCGCUGCCGCCGGGAGCCCCACCUCCGCGGCUCCGGGUCCUGGGUACCGGGCCCCGGCCUGUGGCGGCGAGCGGCGGCCGCGGCGGCGGCGAAGGCGGUCGACCCGCCUGGGUCUCCUUUGCUCCGUGCAGGGCUGGGAGAGGGGAGCCGCCAUAUUGGAGCCGGAGCCGAAGGUGCUUUGCAGCCGCCGCGCGAGGCGGGUGGAGGUGGCGGCACUGGCCUGGAUCUGGGAGGAGUCGGCCGCGCCAGGGCCCGCAAGGCUGGGGAGUGAAUGAGCCGCUCACGCUAGUCUCCCCCCGCCCAUUCCCUCCACUUUCCGCCGCCGGGACCGGGCCGGGAGGGGGCCGGAGUCGGCCGUGGCGGAGGCAGGAUGUUCUCCAAGAAGCCGCACGGAGACGUGAAGAAGUCUACCCAGAAGGUGCUGGACACCAAGAAGGACGCGCUGACCCGCCUCAAGCACCUGCGCAUUGUCAUCGAGAAUGCAGAGUCCAUCGAUCUUAAACAGUUUUUUGACCAACAUUUUUCACAUAUAUAUUAUGUGUUUUUUGAGAAUUUUGUUACCAUUGAAGCUAGUCUUAAACAGAAAGGUCACAAGUCUCAAAGGGAGGAAUUGGAUGCUAUACUUUUUAUUUUUGAGAAAAUUUUACAACUUCUUCCAGAAAGAAUUCAUCAGCGAUGGCAGUUUCAUAGUAUUGGAUUGAUUUUAAAGAAACUACUACACACAGGAAACUCCUUGAAGAUUAGGCGGGAAGGUGUUCGCCUUUUCUUAUUAUGGUUGCAAGCUCUUCAGAAUAACUGUAGCAAAGAACAGCUUUGGAUGUUUUCAUGUUUAAUCCCUGGAUUUUCAGCACCACAAUCUGAAUAUGGACCUCGAACUUUAGAUAAUCUCAUUAAUCCUCCACUCAACCUUCAAGAAACUCAAGUCACUAUAGAAGAAAUCACUCCGCUUGUCCCCCCACAAUCAGGAGAUAAAGGACAAGAAGAUCUAACAAGCUAUUUUCUUGAAGCACUUUUAAAAUAUAUAGUAAUUCAGGUAAAAAGUUUAGAAUGGAAGAACAAAGAAAACCAAGAAAGAGGAUUUUCAUUUUUAUUUUCACAUUUUAAGAAAUAUUACUUGCCUUAUAUUUUUCCAAACAUCUGUAAGGAGAAUAGUUUAUAUCAUCCUGUACUUGAUAUCCCACAGAUGAGACCAAAGCCACAUUAUGUCAUGAUAAAGAAGGAUGCUGAAACCAAUGAAGCAAUCUAUUGUACAAAGGAGCCUUUCAUUAAGGCUCGUGUUAUUGUCAUUCGUUGGCUGGUUUCAUUCUGGCUGGAGCCAAAGCCACAUACAGGACCUCAUAUUCCUGGGAUGGAAGGUGAAGUCUUGCCAAAGAAUAUUCAGAGAGCAGCUGCUAGUUUGGUAUCCAGAGAAGAAAACAAAAAUGAUAAUGCCGAUAAAGCAGAUAGAACUACAGAACCCGAGCAGUCUCAUUCCAACACAAGCACUCUCACAGAGCGAGAACCUAGCUCUUCUAGUCUCUGUAGUAUUGAUGAAGAACAUCUCACAGACAUUGAAAUAGUUCGCAGAGUUUUUUCUUCUAAAAGAAGUAAUGUAAACUUUGUCACAGAGAUAUUUCGUCAGGCAUUUUUAUUACCAAUUUGUGAAGCAGCAGCUAUGAGAAGAGUGGUAAAAGUAUAUCAAGAAUGGAUCCAGCAAGAGGAAAAGCCUUUGUUCAUGCAAGAGCCUGAAGAAAUUGUGAUCUCAUCUUCAGACUUACCAUGCAUUGACAAUGUCACAGACCAUGAUAUUUCUAUGGAAGAAGGAGAAAAGAGAGAAGAGGAAAAUGGGACCAGUAUUGCCGAUCAUGUUCGAAAUUCCACUUGGGCAAAAAAUGGCACCUACCAAGAUGUUCUUCAUAAUGCUUCUGAAGAAGCCAUAGAACAAAACAUACGAGCUGGUGCCCAAGCAGUUUUGCAGGUGUUUAUUAUAAACUCCUCGAACAUAUUUCUUCUUGAACCUGCAAAUGAGAUAAAAAAUCUUCUGGAUGAGCACACAGAUAUGUGUAAACGAAUUCUUAACAUUUAUCGGUUCAUGGUUGUGCAAGUAUCAAUGGACAAAAAGACUUGGGAACAGAUGCUGCUUGUGUUGCUCAGAGUCACGGAGUCUGUACUGAAGAUGCCAUCACAAGCUUUUCUACAGUUCCAGGGGAAAAAAAAUAUGACCUUGGCAGGUCGACUUGCAGGACCACUUUUCCAGACUCUUAUAGUUGCCUGGAUUAAAGCAAAUCUAAAUGUGUACAUCUCCCGAGAACUUUGGGAUGACUUACUCUCAGUAUUGUCAUCGUUGACCUAUUGGGAAGAGUUAGCCACUGAAUGGUCACUGACUAUGGAGACACUAACUAAAGUUUUAGCUAGAAAUUUAUAUAGUUUGGAUCUCAGUGAUUUACCAUUGGAUAAGCUGAGUGAACAGAAACAAAAAAAGCACAAAGGGAAAGGAGUGGGACAUGAAUUUCAAAAAGUUUCAGUUGACAAGUCAUUUUCUAGAGGAUGGAGUCGUGAUCAGCCUGGCCAAGCCCCAAUGAGACAGAGAAGUGCAACAACCACUGGUUCCCCAGGAACGGAAAAGGCGAGGAGUAUAGUACGGCAAAAAACUGUUGAUAUUGAUGAUGCUCAAAUACUUCCUCGUUCAACUAGAGUCAGACAUUUUUCACAAAGCGAAGACACUGGAAAUGAAGUUUUUGGUGCUUUGAGUGAGGAGCAGCCAUUGCCUCGAAGUAGCAGCACUUCUGACAUCUUGGAACCAUUCACUGUUGAACGAGCCAAAGGUGCAGUUCCUGUAAUUGACAGUUCAUCCCGUCAUGCACCAAGCUUGCAGAGUUCCACAGAGGCUUCUUCAAUAACUAGAUCCACUGAAAGCCACAUCACUGAUACUCAUAGUAGAGAGUCUUCUCUGGAAGUUGGUGAUAGCAUAUAUGACCAUCUUUGUCACUUAAUAGAUCCAGUAGAACUUGCAGAUUCAGCUUUUGAACAAAUCCAGUACAUUGACCUUGAAGGAGAUGAUGAUCUUCUUUCCUCCCUGAAAGAAUAUUUUAAGGAAAACCAGGAAAGUCAUAGUAAAAAAGAGUUAGGUAAAGAUGUAGCUUCACAGGAAGUGAUUAUUGCAGUAAAUAGGGAUGAAAGAUCAUCCUUAGAUAAAUUAGAACACAUAGAUCAGGAAAGUAAAUCAGAAAAUACCACCUCCUUUGUUGGGACUCCUGAAAACAUACAGUUUCAAAAAGAAUCAAACUCAGCUGUCUUCAUGAGUAACAGUGCACCCAACCAGUUAGAUAGCUUUAUGAGAACAAAAACUUCUGAAAAAUGUAAACAACUAAACAGUGAUAAACAGUCAUCGGAACCUAGUUCGGGUAGCCCUUGUGAUAAAGAAAAGAGGAAACAUCUGUAUAGACAAACAGCCACAGAAUUAGAUGCCUGUAUAGAUAUAACAAUAGCCGAAAAGGUUAAGGGUAUGCAAAUUAAUGAAAAAAUCAUUGUCCCACAUGUUUUGCAUGCCAAGAAAACUACUCUAAAAGCACCUGUUAACCACAGAAUGCCUCAUGUUACAAGCACUAGCAAGCUUUCUCCAACUAAAAGGAGCUUGUCUGAAACAGUAACUCAUAGAGCCAAAAUCAUGAAAAUUGCUUCUAAAAAACGAAAUAGUGUUCACGUUACUUUCAGACCAUCUACUGAGUCAGUUCAGUUUUAUAACCCUCUGGAAAACAAAGAGGCUCCGUGGAAGAUGAGGCUGCGGAAGCUCAGUGGCUUUAGUAGCAGCAGCAAUAGCAGCAUCAGCAGCCCCCAUGCCAGCUCAAACAGUGUUACCGAGCUAGUGAAACCCGGUGUGUACAGGCCUCUAGACACGGCACCAGUGAGUAGUAAGGCAGUUAAGGAAUCUACAGAGAUCCCCACCGCCAUAUUACAAAAAGAAGGAAUUGCUAGUAAUCAGUUAGGAGGUAGUCGUAGUACUAUUAAGUCAUCAAGUCAUGAGGCAGGACUACAGCAGGGCUCCCUGGGUGGCGUUUAUAAAACUGUUGUACAUGCUCUUUCGAAGCCGAAGGCAAAUGUUUCCCCACAGAGGCAGAACAGAAUGCCACCAGAGGCUCCACUGAGGGAUCUGUACAGUCAUGUAAUGGGCUAUUUUGGAAGGAAAGCUGCAGUCAAUAAAGAGGACAUGAGCACAAAACUGCCCCCUCUUAAUAGUGAUAUUGGCAGCAGCAAUGCUAAUGUUCCUGAUCUGAUGGAUGAGUUUAUAGCAGAACGACUUCGAAGUGGUAAUGCCUCAACUAUGACAAGAAGAGGAAGUAGUCCAGGUAGCCUCGAAAUUCCCAAAGACCUCCCUGAUAUUCUGAACAAGCAGAACCAAAUGCGCCCUAUUGAUGACCCAGGUGUGCCCUCAGAAUGGACUUCUCCUGCCAGUGCAGGGAGCAGUGAUCUUAUCAGCUCAGAUAGUCAUUCGGAUUCUUUCAGCGCUUUCCAAUAUGAUGGCCGAAAAUUUGACAAUUUUGGCUUUGGAGCUGAUACUGGGAAUGCAUCCUCUGCUGAUGUGGAUUCAGGUUCUGGCCAUUAUCAGAGUGCUGAAGAGCAAGAAGUGGCUAGUCUAACCACACUUCACAUCGAUUCGGAAACAAGCAGUCUUAAUCAACAAGCUUUUUGUACUGAAGUUGCAACGGUUACUGGUUCAGAAAGUGCUUCUCCAGUCCAUUCAGCUCUGGGAUCCAGGUCACAGACACCUUCUCCUUCCACACUGAAUAUAGAUCACAUGGAACAAAAGGAUCUACAGCUCGAUGAGAAGCUCCACCACUCUGUUCUACAGACGCCAGAUGACCUAGAAAUCAGUGAAUUUCCAUCUGAAUGCUGUAGUGUGAUGGCAGGGGGCACUCUCACAGGAUGGCAUGCUGAUGUUGCUACUGUAAUGUGGCGAAGAAUGCUAGGUAUUUUGGGAGAUGUCAACGCUAUUAUGGAUCCUGAAAUACAUGCUCAAGUUUUUGAUUACCUCUGUGAACUUUGGCAGAAUCUAGCUAAGAUUAGAGAUAACCUCGGCAUUUCAACUGAUAACCUGACCUCCCCUUCUCCACCGGUUUUAAUUCCUCCACUGAGAAUUCUUACACCUUGGCUUUUCAAGGCAACCAUGUUAACUGAUAAAUAUAAGCAAGGUAAAUUACACGCCUAUAAACUUAUUUGUAAUACAAUGAAAAGAAGACAAGAUGUUUCUCCAAAUAGAGAUUUCCUAACACACUUCUACAACAUAAUGCACUGUGGAUUACUUCAUAUUGACCAGGAUAUUGUCAAUACAAUCAUCAAGCACUGCUCACCUCAAUUUUUUUCACUUGGUUUGCCUGGUGCCACAAUGCUUAUUAUGGAUUUUAUUGUAGCAGCUGGUAGAGUGGCUUCUUCAGCUUUUCUCAAUGCACCAAGAGUGGAAGCACAAGUUCUUCUUGGAUCUUUGGUUUGCUUUCCCAACUUAUAUUGUGAACUGCCUGCUCUCCAUCCCAACAUUCCUGAUAUUGCUGUGUCUCAAUUUACAGAUGUUAAGGAACUUAUAAUCAAAACUGUAUUAAGCUCGGCAAGAGAUGAGCCCUCUGGUCCUGCACGGUGUGUAGCACUUUGCAGUUUAGGUAUUUGGAUUUGUGAAGAACUAGUCCAUGAGUCUCAUCAUCCUCAAAUUAAGGAAGCUCUGAAUGUAAUUUGUGUUUCCUUAAAGUUUACAAAUAAAACAGUAGCCCAUGUAGCUUGUAACAUGCUUCACAUGCUGGUUCAUUAUGUACCUAGACUUCAGAUUUACCAGCCUGAUUCUCCCUUGAAAAUUAUUCAAAUUCUAAUAGCCACUAUUACCCAUCUUUUGCCAAGUACAGAAGCUUCAUCUUAUGAAAUGGACAAGAGGUUGGUGGUAUCCUUACUUCUGUGCCUUCUGGACUGGAUCAUGGCCUUACCUCUAAAGACACUGCUCCAACCAGUCCAUGCAACAGGAGCAGAAAAUGAUAAAAUAGAAAAAUCUGUCCUCAACUGUAUUUAUAAGGUAUUACAUGGGUGUGUUUAUGGAUCUCAGUGUUUUAGCAAUCCAAGGUAUUUUCCAUUAAGCCUCUCUGAUUUGGCAUCUGUAGAUUAUGAUCCUUUUAUGCAUUUGGAAAGCCUAAAAGAGCCUGAACCUCUGCACUCUCCUGAUUCGGAACGAUCUUCUAAACUCCAGCCAGUAACAGAAGUGAAAACUCAAAUGCAACAAGGAUUAAUCUCUAUAGCUGCCCGCACUGUUAUUACACAUCUGGUAAAUCACUUGGGCCAUUAUCCAAUGAGUGGUGGUCCUGCUAUGUUAACAAGUCAGGUGUGUGAAAAUCACGACAAUCAUUACAGUGAAAGCACUGAACUUUCUCCUGAACUCUUUGAGAGUCCAAAUAUUCAGUUCUUUGUGUUGAACAAUACAACCUUAGUGUCCUGUAUCCAGAUCAGAUCUGAAGAGAGUAUACCUGGAGGAGGUUUAUCUGCUGGCCUUGCAUCAGCCAAUUCAAAUGUCAGGAUUAUAGUACGUGAUCUUUCUGGAAAAUAUUCAUGGGAUUCUGCCAUCCUGUAUGGACCACCUCUUGUAAGUGGUUUGUCAGAACCUACAUCUCUUAUACUUUCAUUGUCUCACCAAGAGAAGCCAGAAGAGCCUUCUACAUCUCAUGAAUGCUUAGAAGAUAUAACAGUUAAAGAUGGGGUUUCCCUCCAGUUUAGAAGAAGAUUUAGAGAAACUGUACCAACUUGGGAUACAAUAAGAGAUGAAGAAGAUGUUCUUGACGAGCUUUUGCAGUAUUUAGGUGUAACUAGUCCUGAAUGCUUACAGAGGACUGGAGUCUCACUUAAUAUUCCUGCUCCACAGCCUGUGUGCAUUUCUGAAAAACAGGAAAAUGAUGUUAUUAACGCUAUCCUUAAGCAGCAUACAGAGGAAAAAGAAUUUGUUGAGAAACACUUUAAUGACUUAAACAUGAAAGCUGUGGAGCAAGAUGAACCAACACCUCAGAAACCUCAGUCAGCAUUUUAUUAUUGCAGAUUGCUUCUUAGUAUAUUGGGAAUGAAUUCCUGGGACAAAAGGAGGAGCUUUCAUCUCCUGAAGAAAAAUGAAAAACUACUUAGAGAACUUAGGAACUUGGACUCAAGACAGUGCCGAGAGACACACAAGAUUGCAGUAUUUUAUGUUGCUGAAGGACAAGAAGACAAACAUUCCAUUCUCACCAAUACAGGAGGAAGUCAAGCAUAUGAAGAUUUUGUAGCUGGUCUUGGUUGGGAGGUAAAUCUUACAAACCAUUGUGGUUUCAUGGGAGGACUACAAAGAAAUAAAAGCACUGGAUUGACCACACCAUAUUUUGCUACCUCUACAGUUGAAGUAAUAUUUCACGUAUCAACAAGAAUGCCUUCUGAUUCUGAUGACUCUUUGACCAAAAAAUUGAGACAUUUAGGAAAUGAUGAAGUACACAUCGUUUGGUCAGAGCAUACUAGAGACUACAGGAGAGGAAUUAUUCCUACCGAGUUUGGUGAUGUCCUUAUUGUAAUAUACCCAAUGAAAAAUCACAUGUUCAGUAUCCAGAUAAUGAAAAAACCAGAGGUUCCCUUCUUUGGUCCACUUUUUGAUGGUGCUAUUGUGAAUGGAAAGGUCCUACCCAUUAUGGUUCGAGCAACCGCUAUAAAUGCAAGCCGUGCUCUGAAAUCGCUGAUUCCAUUAUAUCAAAACUUCUAUGAGGAGAGAGCGCGAUAUCUGCAAACGAUUGUCCAGCACCAUUUAGAACCAACGACAUUUGAAGAUUUUGCAGCACAGGUUUUUUCUCCAGCUCCCUACCAUCAUUUACCAUCUGAUGCCGGCUCCUACCCAGAGAUUCUACCCAGUGAAACUCCCACAGCAACGCAGGUAGACGGGGCUGACCUGGCCUCACCAAUGUCUCCUCGAACUAGCAAAAGCCGCAUGUCCAUGAAGCUGCGUCGUUCCUCUGGCUCAGCCAAUAAAUCCUAAGGAGACAGCAGCCCAGCAGUGAUCAGCAGUAGCCACCUUAGCAUGAACAUAGCGUUAACCCUUUCAGGCUUCGUGUUUGCCAUAACAUGCAUGUUCCUUCCUGAACAUUUAUUUUAGAAAACACUGGAUUUAAAUAACUUGUAACUUAGUAUUUUAGAUUUGGGUUGUUUAUUCGGUUGGUUUUCCCCCCACACUCCAAGCUGCCGUAUGGGGGGGAGGAGUUUUAUUCUACACCCUUUACCUUCCCUAGAUAAUUAUGUCUAAGUAGUUUUACUUUUAAUUUCGUAAUUAACUUUGAGCCAAAAUAUAAUUGGACAGAUAGUCUCAUUAUUUUAUUUAUCGUGCCCCAUUACAACUUUAUGGCUCAGUAAAUAUAUAAUUUUUUUAAUAAAUGUACAUCUUUAAAUUUAAGCAUUUGUAAAGUUGUAGCAAUAGUCGCAAAUCUGUUAAUACACAGGAUAUGUAUGGAUUAUUUAUGUUAUCAAAAUAAACCACUUAAAAUAAAUGGUCUUUUAGUAUCUCAAGUUCCAGCUGAAAUAAUUUCAGCAUUAACUUUUUCUUCCCAAAGCAAUGUCUCAUUUCUUUGCUGUGCAGGUGAUGCCAUGACAUAUCUAAAAACCAGAAAAAUCACUGUGCUGAACUUUGAUUCAUGUUUAGCUUCCAAAUAUUUUUCUAAUGUUUUGCUUUUUAAAUGGUAUCACUGUUAAAUGCCAUUUCUGUUUUGAGAUUGUGGCCCCUUAUUGGCUGCUGGAUCCUGGUAUAUCUAUGUUCUUUCUUAAGUACCAAAAAGGGAGGAAUGGGGUGGGGUGGGUAGGAAAAUAGAAAAGAAGGAGAAAACUUUUCUGACAUAAAUGUGUGGCUUAAAUUAUGUGUAUUAUUGUCAAAGAAAAGGGAACAUGACCCAGGAGUCUAAAUUAAUCUAAUAUUGUUAAUACUGAACUUGCACGUGCAGGUUGGUGUACCUUCCACCCUCCAGAAGUAUUUUCCUACAGCAGAUAAGCUGCUCACAUUUUGUUUUGAACGAGCAUCUCCUAAGGAAAUGUAGCAUGACAUUGGUACUAACUGCAUGUGUAAAUACAUCAUACUGGCAAACUAUAAAAUAUAAAUUAUGUAUCAUCAUUCAUGUAGUAUCUACAAAUUUGUAACAGUGGAAAAAAGAUAGUAUUUAAUAAUACAAUAAAAAUAUUCUUAUCA